AUGGAAUCCGAGUCUCUAACGCAGAAAAGCAAUGAGGAGGAAACUGGAAUUACAACCGUGAUUGCCCAGGCAGAGGCUGAGCAGUGUCAAGAAUUCUGUCCAUCCAGUGUGGAUCACGGCCUGCUUCAACCCCAACGUGUUGCUCCUUUCCGUAGAACGCUUCCUAAAACACUCAAGGAAGGGGCAAGGAGGCAAAAAGAGCGCUCUGAAUUUGGGCGACCCCUCUGGAGGACUAGUGCAAGAAAGAAAUCUCUAAAGAUGGGUGAGGAGAGGCGGGUCCCCAUUGAGAAACCUUGGUGCAGUAGGUCUGAAGUGAGCUGCUGCUCUGAUAUUUACACCAGCGUUGGAGGAUCUCCAGAGCUCAGUUCUCAGGCAGAAUCUGUGUACAUUAAUGCUGAAAGCAUCGAAUGUUGCGACACUUCCUGUUCUAGUGUAUCGCAAAAUGGGGGCUUUUUUUGUCUCUAUACAGAGGUCGAGAAAACUCGUGGUGUCACGCGAGAGGCCGGAUCAGAGCCUGAGAAAUUAGGCAGCAGCAUAGAAGCCUUGUUCGGAUCGGAUUCUUCCUGCGACAGCGAGUCCUUCAGAAGUGACUGUGACUCGGAUUCAAGCUGCGUUAAUGCCGACUGGGAGUGGAGCUUUGACUCUGACACAGACUCAUGCAACUUGGUCUACAGCUUUACUAAGGCACAGUGGGGCUCUGCCUCAUCAUGUUCAGGCUCUGCCGCCUCUGGUUAUAUCAUGGACUAUGAUUUAGAAUCCUCAAUCUCCACCACAGAACAACAUGGCUCGUCUGCUUUUGACAGCCAUUUUGAGCGAGGAUACCAUGACUUGCCAGUCAGCCAUUUCAAGCCAGGACACUGUGACUCUCCAGUGGGACAUUUUGACACAGGACACCGUGACUCUCCGGUCACCCAUUUUGACGGAGGUCAUUGUCUCUCUCAGGUCGGUCAUUUUGACGCAGGACACUGUUUCUCUCCGGUCACCCAUUUUGACGCAGGUCAUUGUCUCUCUCAGGUCGGUCAUUUUGACGCAGGACACUGUUUCUCUCCGGUCACCCAUUUUGACGCAGGUCACUGUCUCUCUCCGGUCACCCAUUUUGACGUAAGACACCGUGACUCUCCAGUCGGCCAUUUUGACGCAGGAUACUGUGACUCUCUGGUAGGCCAUUUUCGUUCAAGAGGCUGUGACUCUCUAGUGCGCCAUUUUGAGGCAGGGCAUCAUAACUCGCCAGUCGGGCAUUUCGAGGCAGGGCGCCAUGACUUACCUGUUGGCCAUUUUGAGGCAAGACAGUGUGACUCGCGAGACGGCCAUUUUGAUGAGGCUUCCUGUGACCUCUACAAUGCUUUUCCUGAACGUAGUGAUACAGUCUGUUACAGGAUUAACGAGCAUGACUACUUUUUUGAUUUUAAGGACUAUUCUGAGCUAACUUUGAGGAAACUUCAGGGCGUCGUGACUCAUCCUGAUCGCCGUCGCGUCACACCAUUUUUCCACGAGAUGAUGAAAGAGACGGCGCAUGAUAGAAAUCAAGAAAAAGUAAAGAUAAACAAAGGCUUUCUUUUUCAUCCACAAAUGUUUCUACAGGCGAAGAACUCGGAAUAUCGGGAAGGCCAGGACUAUUCCGUGCUUCGCCAUGUACAGAAUGGAUCGUAUGGAGACGUGUUCAGCGUGCGUGACAAACAAACUGGGUUUACAUGCGCUGCCAAAAGGAUUCCUCUGAGCAGUUUCAGCUGGGAGGAAGUGGGAACGUGGAGCAGGUUGGACUCGCCGCGUGUCCUUCAGCUCUACGGGGUUGUGCGAGAGGGCCUCAAUGUUGUCCUCUUCAUGGACCUUAAAACGGGCUCGUUGGCGCAGUUCCUAAAAGCGAGAGGGCGUUUUGCUGAAGAUUUGGCUCUUUAUUAUCACUGUCAGGUGCUGCAGGCUCUGGAACAUCUACACAGCAGAAAGGUGAUUCACCUGGAUGUUAAAGUGGACAACGUUUUGCUUUCGAAGGACAAGACGGAGUGUUUCUUGUGUGAUUUUGGAUUAUCUGAGAUGCUGGACCGGACCGGAUACAGCACCAAAACCUUCAGAGGUAAUGGUCUGCGUGGCACCGAGAGCCAUAUGUCUCCCGAGGUGGCACGGGGAGAUCCUCGCUCAGACAAAGCAGACGUCUGGAGUAGCUGUUGUAUGUUGCUGCACAUGCUCAGCGGCCAUCAGCCGUGGACACGCUACUUCACACACCCGCUCUGCCUGAAAAUCGUGAGUGAGCCGGCCCCUCUGUGGGAGAUUCCGGCCGGCUGUGACCCCUUGACCUGCGAUGUCAUCAGAGGGGGACUGGUCAAGGAGCCGAGAGAGAGGGUCUCGGCCAGGGAGCUGCUGGAGAAAAGCAGCAGAGCUCUGCGAGCAUUAGGCGGCCUCAUUGAUCAGGUCCAAUCAACCACGGAGACUCUGCCCCGCCCUCAGAUCUCCCCACCAAUGAAAUCACGCAAUGUCUUCACCAAACCCCCAACGGUCCCGCCCCCUGUCUCCAUACCAACACUCCCUAGUCAGCCAGAGCUCUCCGCUCCCAGAAUCCAGUGGGUCAGCGGGUGGAGAGAACGAGCAGCUGAGGAGGACGGGACGGAUUCAGAAGAUGAGCACGGCGAUGGAGGGACGGAAAGAUGGAUGGAAAAGUACUGGGGAUUGAGAGACAAUUACACACUUUCUGAAGAUGAGAAAGACACCGACAAAGAGAUGCAGAGCUCCUCAGAAGAACAAUGGAGAGACAGGGCAGAUGUGGAGAAUAGGAAUGAAGAGGAAGGAGAGAGCGAUGAAGAGCUGGAGAGUGAUUUGGGGAGUUUGAGGGAGCUGGGCAGCGAGGACGAGUGGGAGCCGUUUCGCCGCCUGCAGAUCCUCUGCGGUUCCGAACGGCGACACGGUGGAGAUGAGUGGUCUGAAAUGGAGGACGAGUGCACGCCCUCUGCGAUGACAAGUUUAAAUCACAUUAACUUGUGUGAGCAAAACUCCAGAUUAACUCUCACCUGCCAUCGCAGCGUCUGCACUUCUGACGCCGAUCUUACUGAAAAGGUUUCUGAUUGGUCAGAUGACCUGAGCUCCGGCGUGUUCUCCUCCUACAGCAGUCUUACAGACGAGCGAAGCUUGAACCUGGAUUGGUCUGUCUCUACCAAUCGGCCGCCUUCUUGCAGCUUUGAAGGCCUCGGGGUGGAUAUCUGGGUGGAGGAUGUGAGUGGGGAUACUUUUAGGAUCAGAGAGAGACUAAAGGUGAAGCUGGGUCACGUUGCCAUAGGUAUAAGUGCACAGAUCUCGAUGAGAGCGUUCAGUUUAGCCACGCUGGACGGGAAGCUAGUCUCCCCUGACACCGAGGUUCUGGAGUCCCGCAUGUGGUUGCUGUGCGUCCCUGCUCCGGACAACAGCACCAACUGGACCUGGAGGAUCCGAGACGGAAAAAUGGAGACGCAAGAAGUUGACGGACUGCAAUCGGACACCUGCUCCACUCUAGCAGCCUGAAGCCUAUUCACACUACAUUCCCUUUCUUCGCUUCAGUUAUGUGCUAAUUUUAUUUGUUUUGUUUUUACCAGAGCAAACAUGCACCAUAAAAGUAUUACAACUAUCGAUACUCUUAAAGUAGCGGGGUUAUAAUUUAGCGCCCUCUGGUGCUUUCGAGAUAAAUUACAAGUCCAAUGAGGAGCUGUCCCUUUCCCUGCUGACCCUGGUCCUCUAUUAUUUUUAUUUUUAUUUUUUCUGGGCCAGAAAUAUGUAAAAAGAAUUCUGUAACAAAUAAUAUUUCCAGAUUCAUUGCACGGUUGUAAUUUACAUCUUGUGAAUCAAUGCAUCUUUGAGAUUAUAUGAUUUAUUACAAGUCUAGAAACACUUUAAGAUGACAAACCUCAUCUUUAAUUUAAAAAAAUAUAUUUUUUUAGAUGAGGGUCCUGUGAAUAUGCUAGUUAUCCAUAUUGUUAAUCAGUAUUUAUAUUUAGGAAGCCUGAGUAGCUCAUAAUAUCCAGGUACAAGGCUUUGAUGUGACCAGCACUUAUUUCCUGCACUGGUUCACUUUUCAUUGAUGGCUGAUUCGAAUUUUAUUUGUUGCCAUAGUAUAAAAGUCACAUUUUUGUACAAAAAAGUAUUUCUGCUGUCUGUACUUUGGACAAGAUUUAUGAUAUAGCCCAUUUAAAAAAAAAUGUAUAACCAAUUAAAAAAAAAUAACUAUACGUUUGUAUUACGGAAAGUAUAUGUAACACGAUAAGAAACUCAAUAACUAAAAGAAUAAACAAAAACAAAAAACCACAACAAUUUCAGUCUGCAUUCAUAAAGCGUUCCAACACUAUUCCAAAGUUUAAGGGUGAGUUAAAACCUACUGUUAUAUAGAGAAUCAUUCACAGCUUAGUUUAAAAGGGAUUAUACUGCUUCACGAGUUCAGCAAGAAACAGACCAGAACUAAACAAUCCUGAGUCCCUGGAAAAUAUUAAGAAAAGAGGCUGUUGUUCUUUUGUUUUAAGGAGCUAAUAGUGAAACCUGAUCGCUAGAACUCUUUGGGAUGUUUGAGCUCGUUAGUUUAUCCCCC